CCUUUGUGUCCUGAAAAGGGGUUCUGAGUUUAAAGUUCUGUCCAAAUCUGAAGGGUAUUUCCGUCAGUGAAAGGGAUCAAAAACCCUUCUUCUUCCGAGUAACGCCGUCGUUGCUUCUGUUUCUCUCCGGCAAAUCUAUUAGACUGUGCAACUCAAAGAGACUUCCAACAUCAUGGCCACAAGGAGGCUAAGAGCAUUCAAGGGAUGGAUGAAAGCAAACGGAGUCGAUUGCAGCGACGCUCUCGACCUCGUCGAAGACCAAAACGACGCCGUAUCCGUCAGAGCCUCGCGCGACUUGAAGGAAGGAGACGUCGUCGCCAACAUCUCCAAAACCGCCUGUCUCACCGUCAAAACCAGCGGGGCUCGCGAGAUGAUCGAAUCCGCUGAGUUAGACGGACCUUUAGCUCUCUCGGUGGCUAUCAUGUACGAGAGAGGCUUGGGCGAAGAGUCUCCGUGGGCUGGUUACCUUCAGAUCCUUCCUUUCCAAGAAGAUUUGCCUCUUGUCUGGCCCCUUGAUGAGUUGGACUCUCUCUUGUCUGGAACUGAGAUUCACAAGGAUGUGAAGGAAGACCGUGGUCUUGUACAUGAGGAUUGGGAAGAGAACAUUGUGCCACUUACCUCUUUCCUCCCUGAGAAUGUUGAUCCUGGUUCGUUUGGAAUCAAAGAGUAUCUUGCAGCCAAGAGCCUGAUUGCUUCACGGUCUUUCGAGAUCGAUGACUACCAUGGAUGGGGGAUGGUCCCUCUUGCAGAUCUCUUCAAUCAUAAAACCGGGGAGGAAGAUGUUCAUUUCACCGCUGAAUUACCUCACAGUGAAUCCGAUUCCGAAGCUGAUGAAACUGACAACAGUGAUGCAGCUAGUGAGGACACUGUUGAAGACGACGAGCCUUCCACUAAAAACUCUUCCUCGCCUGAGCAAUCUUUGGAGGGUGAAAACACUGACGAAGAAGAAACCAAAGAAGAAGAAGAGGAAAACUCUUCCAUGUUGCAAGACGAUGCAUCCAGUUUAGAAAUGAUCAUGGUGAAGAACGUCCCAGCUGGAGCUGAGGUAUACAACACAUACGGUUUGAUAGGUAACGCUGCGUUACUACACAGAUACGGAUUCACAGAAGUCGAUAAUCUUUACAACAUUGUCAACAUAGAUCUCGAACUAGUAACCGAGUGGAGCACAUCCUCGUACACGAGCCGGCACACUCGAGCUAGGCUCGCCUCGUUUAGAAAACUAGGCUACAACUCGGAAUACUUCGAGGUUUCUUCAACCGGAGAGCCCGAAACCGAGCUUCUCAUGCUACUCAACAUCCUGCUCUUACCAAACGACACGCACAAGAAACUCGACCUAACGUUAACAGGAGAUUGUGUCUCUAAAGAGGUAACGAUAGGGAAAAACAAGGUCGUGUUCGGAGAGAGCUGCAGCGGUGACGUGCUUCUCACGGACGGUGUAUGCGAAGCGCUUCUUGCUAUUGUGGAUAAGAGAGAGAGUUUGUAUGGGACGUCGAUUUCUUUGGAGGAGGAUGUUGCUAGGUUGGAGAGUUGUGUUCUUCCUAAAGACAGGAGGUUGUAUCAUUCGCUUGUGUUGCGUGUGAGCGAGAGGAGGAUUCUCGAGAAGCUUAGGAGCUAUGUUCGUGAAAAGGUCGGUGAGGUUUCCGGCGGGAAACGCCGGAAGAAGAUGAAACUCUAAUUAUUUUAGCACAAGAAACCUUUAGUACAAAAAGCAAAUAAAGGAAUGUUUUUUCUCGUGCGAGUAUAUCGAGUAACCUUCCGGCGGAAGCAAGGAGAGCGUGACAAAAAGCCGGUGGCUGUCAGAGUGGCAUAGCUGUAGAUACGGUGAAUU